AACAGACAUCCCACCUCUCCGCGUGGGUGUGCGUCGUUCCCCUCCCCCCUCCCCCUCCCCCUCUCCCCUUUUCCUCUUCCGGCCUCUCCCCUCUCCGGCGACCGCCGCGGAGGAGUAGGCGGGACAGAAACACCGAUCGCGGAGGCGGCGGCGACGAUGGGCGACCACGAGGCUCGCGGGGAUGACUUCGAGAAGAAGGCGGAGAAGAAGCUCACGGGCUGGGGCAUCUUCGGCUCCAAGUACGAGGACGCCGCCGACCUCUUCGACAAGGCUGCCAACUCCUUCAAGCUCGCCAAGAACUGGAGCAGAGCUGCAUCAGUGUACAUCAAGAUUGCUAACUGCCAUUUAAAGGGAGAUAGCAAGCAUGAGGCUGCCUCAGCAUAUGUUGAGGCUGCAAAUUGCUACAAAAAAUUCUCACCUCAGGAAGCUGCGCAGGCGCUAAAUCAAGCUGUUAAUCUUUUCUUGGAAAUUGGUAGGUUGAACAUGGCCGCAAGAUACAGCAAGGAUAUUGGUGAGAUAUAUCAGCAAGAACAAGAUUUAGAGAAGGCUACAGACUACCUGGAAAGAGCGGCUGACCUUUUUGACAGUGAGGGACAGUCAUCUCAAGCAAACACCAUCAAGCAGAAAGUAGCAGAAAUUGCUGCUCAGUUGGAACAGUACCCAAAGGCAACUGAGAUCUUUGAAGGGAUUGCUCGUCAGUCAAUCAAUAAUAAUCUUCUUAAGUAUGGCGUCAGAGGCAUUCUCCUUAAUGCUGGCAUUUGCCAACUAUGUAGAGGUGAUCCUGUUGCUAUCACAAAUUCAUUGGAGCGAUACCAGGAAAUUGACCCAACUUUCUCUGGGACACGUGAAUACAAGCUUUUAGCCGAUCUUGCUGCAUCGAUGGAUGAAGGAGAUAUUGCCAAAUUCACUGAUGCCAUCAAAGAAUUUGAUAGCAUGACACGUCUGGAUCCUUGGAAAACCACCCUGCUGCUCAGGGCAAAGAACGAGCUGAAGAAAAAGGAAGACGACGAGGACGACCUAACAUAAGCAUUGUUGUAAAAUUCAUAUGAUAUGGUUUGGUUUGUGCCUGCAUUUCAUCGUGGAGGCAUCUUGUUCCUUAUAAAUGUGCAUCAUGAUAUCAAUACCUGGUCAGGUUGUACAGAGUUUCAAUUUGGGCAAUCCUGUUGAUUUGCUGUCAGAAUGAAAAUUAGUACCGAAUGCUUGUUUCUGGGGUUCCUGUUACUUGGUUGUUUCAACAUUUGUGACGAUCUUAUUUGCUAUGAUAGUCCUUACACAGUAUACACCUCUUAUUUAUUA